AUUUUUAACAGGUACAUCAGAAAUGUAGCCGCAAUCCUAAGACCAGUAUACUUCCUGAAGUGUAUCCCCAGUGUGUUAAUCAGAGGUAAACACAAGGUAUAGUGUUCUACAGUGUGAGAAAAAGUGUUUAGUUAACAGCCAUUCUGAAGGCUAUCCUUAGUAUGUAAUGCAAAGGUAACCUUAAGAUGUUCCACGUAUAACUGACAACCCGACGCCUUUCUUUCAAACUUGUCAAACUUUAAAUCCAAGCAGACACUCACCACAUACUGUACGUCCGUCUGUUCUUGUGAACGCAAUAUUUUGGAACGCCUGGAGGGGAUUUCUUCAAAUUUGACAUAAACGUCCACCUGAACACAAGACAAAAACGACAAGAUUUUGAUGGUCAAAGGUCGCUGUGACCUCACAAAGGGCUUUAACUCAAGAAUUGAUAUGUUAAUUAUGAUCCUUUGAUGACAUUUUGGACAGAUAUGGAUGUAAAUUGAAAGUUGAAUGGUUGGUGGGAAGUGUGCAAAAAGUAUGAACAGUACUUGAAGAACACUUUUAAUGUUUUUAGUUUGAACGCAGUGUACUAACAGUAUAUUUAGAUGUAGCUGUUGUUUGUAGGGGGUCUGUUUCUCUCAUGAUGCUAGAUGCAGGUUAAAGUAAAUCUAAUGAAAUGUGAUGUCAUGAAGACUGUCAUCCCUUAACAACAGCUAAAUGUGGAAAAUGAUCCAAGUUACUUGUGUGUGGGAGACUAGGAGUGUAGGAUCUUUGUUAUAUAGUAUAUUCUGUUGAAACGGUAUUUAAGGGAGGAAUGCCACAUGUGGAGGAAUCAUUCCAUAUUCUCCAUACUUGAAUCAAUCACCUCAUUCAUCUUACAGCUUUCAUCAUUGUUUUGUUUCCUUCUCUCUGUCUCUCCUCGCUCACAGAGUCAGUAGAAGACAUUCCAUCAGUCAAAAAGACCAUUCAGCAAGCUACGGGUCAAGCCAGCAAGCUGCUACACCCCCUCAACCAUGACUACAAAAAGUUAGAGGAUUUCAUCAAUCAGCUGAUGUUCAUGGAGACGGCCAUCACCAGAGCUCGCUCCCUCAAGGCCAAAUUUGCCAGUUGUGAGGGCGGGAAGGGAGAGGACACAGAAGAGCUAGAGAAGUUUGUGAGCUCCCUUUUGGAAGAACCAGAGGUGGUGGUGAUUGGAGCUGGCCAGGGGCCGGCCGGCAGCAUCAUCCACAGGCUGUUUGUCAACGCUCAGGGGCUGGCUGACUUCACCAGUGAUGAGGUAACUACCAGUAUACCUCUAUACCUACCGGUAUACCUCUAUACCUACCGGUAUAGCUCUAUAGUAAGUAAGUAAGUAAGUAAAAUGUAUUUAUAAAGUGGUUUUUACAGACAUAAGUCACAAAGUGCUUAACAGGGC